GUAAGCCGUGAAAUGUUUGUAUCAUUUAAUCUACUAUUUUACAAAUGUGACAGAUCGUUUCUCGUGAAUAUUAAAAAAGUGAAACGAUGGGUUUAUUUAGAGGGUUCAAGGCGAAAUUUACAAGAAAUUCUAAACCUAAAAACAAAAGUGGGGAAGUAGUUGUGCCUUUAAAUUUCCGAAUAAAGACUGAGUUUGAUUCUCCGAAACCUCCAGAUCCUGUACCAAAUCUAAGACCAGCUCUUCGGACUACCAAUUCUAGGUACAACAGGCCUAUUCCUAGAUCACAAUAUUUCGAGGAGACCUCCAGAGCAAUCCAAUUAAAGUUACAGAGUACGUCUUUAACAAAUCUACCAGCAGCAACAGCUGAAGAAAAAAAAUCAAAUAAUAAAAAAUCCUCCAUUGAGCACGAAUACGAAGAGCCAAUAUCGCCACCUCCCGUUCCACAUUCGCCACCUCCGGUUCUAAAUUCGCCGCCUCCAAAUGCAAAUCCAAGGAUAAAUAAUGUAAAUCCGCUUGCAAAUUCAAGAAUAAAUAAUGUAAAAGAAAAACGUCUAACGCCACCUACUGAGGAUGAAUACUAUAAAUCAAACUCUAUGUAUACCCCAACUAAAUCAUUUAAUAUACCAUACGCAGACGAUGAUUACGAAGAAGUAACACCGACAGAAGAGCCCUCCACUUUGAUACUUAUGACUCAGCAUUCUGAUUCGUCAUUAGCUUCUUACGUGAAGACUCCCAAUACGCCAGAAAAUUAUUUCAAAAAUCAGUCGAAAGUAUUCGACUUUCCUUCAGAAACUGAAGAAGAUUUUAAGGUAAACGUUGUUAACCACGAUUUAUCUAACUACGUGUCAGAAGACGAACUUACUCAAGAUGAAGAAGAAUAUCAAACACGAGAAGAAUCCGCGUCUCAAUACCCGCGAGCAUCAUACAGCAGUCAAGCGACGAAUUUAUUUUUUGGCGAAUCGGAACCUGUUAUACAAAGGCCAAGAAAAUUACGUUUGAGAGAUGUGACAGAAACCGAUGAAGAUGACUGUUAACAAUAGCUAUAAGGAGAUUUUCGUACUAAAUUCAUUUUUCUUCAUCCAUCAUCUGUUCAUUAUGUGGUCACAGUGUGGUAAAUAAAGGCAGAGGUUGGUAUUUAAACUGCCUUUUUGAUAUUUAGUUCAAUAAAUUCAUAUCAACAUC